AGUGCCACUUGUUCAAGAUGAAAGUCUCCGAUGCUUGGCCCGGCCUAGACGACCCCUCUGCUCUCGGCUUCGACACAUGCUUCACUGCCUGGCUCACGAACCCGCGUCGGAUCCUUCCCGCCGCCACGUCUGCCUCGUCCACCAGCGUCGGUUCGAGCAGUGACAACGUACUGAAGGGUUACAUCAGCAAGAAUCUCACGCACUGUUUUGUUUCCGGGCUCGAGACCAACCCGUGGUGGAGGGUUGACUUGGGUGUUUCGAAGAAGGUUGCGCAGGUUCGGGUGUAUGUACGGCAGGACGAUACUGUGGGGGGGUUCUUUAACGUCGAGGCUCGCCUAGGUGAGUCGACAGUCUACGAGGACAAUGCUGUGUUUGAUUUCAAAGCCGGUGAGCCUGUCGCGAAUGCAGAGGUCCUGUUUACACCCUCUAAACCCUUGAGCGGGCAGUACUUCUUUCUCCAGAGUCAAGGAUCCUCGUCUGAUAACAAACUGGCUUUCUGCAUCGUUGAAAUUCUGGAACAAAAGCUGGAUCCAGUGCUCAGAAACUGCAAGGAUGCAUACAACCACGGCAAUCACAAGAGCGGCGUGUACACUAUAUAUCCCUACACGGACUGCCUCGACCCCGUUACCGUGUACUGCGACAUGGACACCGACGGCGGCGGGUGGGCGGUUUUCCAGAGACGCCGCGACAUCACGCCGAGGAUCGACUUCUACCGCACGUGGGACGAAUACGCGCGAGGCUUCGGGGACGUUGCAAAAGGAGAGUUUUGGCUCGGGAACGAGCACAUCCACGCCCUCACGAACCAGACGAACAACGAGCUCCGUGUCGAUCUGGAAGACUUCGCUGGCGGAACUCGGUGGGCCAAGUACAGCAGCUUCUUCGUGGACGACAGGGACCAUUUCUUCACCAUGACCCUGUCAGGGUACACAGGGAACGCGGGCAACUCCCUCGCUCUUCACAGUGGUCAGAAGUUCUCGGCGAAGGAUAGAGACUUAGACAGUAGUGCGGGAUUCUGUUCUUCCAAAUAUUAUGCCGGCUGGUGGUAUGCUGCCUGUCACGAAGCCAACCUCAAUGGAGAGUACCUGGGAGGUGACCAUUCACUCUAUGCGAGAGGUAUUGUGUGGUAUAAAUGGCGUGGGCAUUACUACUCCCUGAAGGCCAUCACCCUUAUGAUUCGACCUGUUACUUGAUGCUUAUCGGUCGUGACUCUUUUUACUUUUUUAUCAUUUGGUUUAUGAGUAAAAAUAAUAAUAAUAAGUUGAAUGAUUGUCAGAAUUAACAAUAUUGUUAUUUUGCGUCUGCCAGCCUCUUUUCCUGGAUUCCAUUAGCAUGCAACUUAUUAAAUAGAGAAAGGGAUGGAACGUUGUAUAAUAUGUGAAAUUAUGUACAUAGAAAGUAGCUGGAAGAUCCUUUAUUCAUCUCGAGCAAUGCAAAGUGGCAUUAUCUGAACAGAAGUUCAUUGUGAAAAAUGGCAGAAAAAGUCUAAAUGAGAUUGAAUAACACGGUUGUAAUCAUAGUGAAGACGCAAUAAACUUUCUGACGGCGUAAAUUUGGUCAUUUUCAAUCUGUACAUUAUUACAUGUCAUAAAAUUCAU